CAGCAUAACACCUGACGCGGUUAUAAGCAGUUAAACUCACCGCAUGUACACCGUUUGCCUGUCGCUAUGACUAUGAGAGGGAUGUCACGGUGUUGGAGAAGCGCUCGGUGGCUUCAGACUCCAGUAUCAAUGAGCGCCAUGUUUAUAAGAUACGAAUGCAGGUACACACAGGGUCAGAGUCCUGAACCGGGCAUUCGCGAAUACUUUUACUACAUUGAUCAUCAAGGACAGUUGUUUCUGGAUGACACCAAGAUGAAAAACUUUGUCACGUGUUAUAAAGAUCAGAAGUUUCUUGUUUUCUUCUUCAAGCAAUUAAAAGUCAAUAGUAGUGGCCGUUACCAGCAGCAAUUUCCUUUCCUCUCACUGUGUGGACGUGAAAGAAACUUCCUGCGUUGUGACGAUCAGCCAAUUGUCUUUACUCACCUGUUGUCUGAUAGAGGGCCUGAGGAGCAUCUAUCAUACUGCGGAGGAGGUGUUAAACUGAUGGUUCCAUUUCGCCCUGAAUCCUUGUUUAUGAACCCAAAGAGUGGUAGAGUUUACCACCCUGCUCCUAAGCAGACAGGAGGUGUUGGACUGGUAUGCUCUGCACUGGCAAUUGAGCUUAGCCCGAAAUUCCAGUACUUACCAGGUCAGGACACAAAUGUACAACCCACUUAUUUUAUAUGGGCUGGGCAGCGCCAUACACUGACCAAUGAGCUUGCUAGACAUUUUCCUAUGAAAGAAGGAAUUAUCUAGCAUCUGUGGAAAACACAAUAUUUAUAAUUUUGUUUGUUUAAUAGGAUUUUAUCGUCAUGUUUUACACUUCGCUUACUUUCAUGACAGGACAGGUAACUAUAGGUUACACAUGAUUUAUUGUUUAGUGUCAAACACAGUCACAUACAAUUUUGUAUCUCCAGUUCACCUAACUUGCCUGUGUUUGGACUGUGUGAGCAAGCCAGAGGCUUUAGAGGAAACCUGCACAGACAUGUGGAGAACUCCACACAGAAAGGACCCUGACUGCUCCAACAGGGAAUUUAAUACAGGACCUUCGUGCUGUGAGGCAACAGUGCUUCCCACUGAGCCACCAUGCUGCUCCAGUAUUUAUUGUCAAAUGCAUGAUCCACAGCAGCAAUAAAUAUAAAAAACUACUGUAGAAAAACUGGGUAAUGAGUAGGUAUGGACUUAGUUAAACAUUAAUACGUUGAGUGGCCAUGCAGAUGUAGAUUUGCUUUUGUAUUUAAGUAAUUACAUUUACUUCAAGAAAUCACUGUUUAAAAAUUAAUGGUAUUUAUCAUUUCCUUAAUGAUGGCAGACAUUCAGGUCCUGAUGCUAAAAAGACCCCACUACAUUGCACUACAAAUUCCAUGUUGGAUUGUUGGCAUGGCUUGUUCUUACUAUGAAAUGCUUUGUUUGUGUUAUUAGACCAAAAAUGUUUCACCGGGCUGUGUUUAAUUAGCUAAAUUAACUUUCAAAAUGAAUAUCCAACUGUCUUUUUCACACAUUUCAG